UGCGUUUCCAGGGCAACGGUUACUAAUGAGUUUCCCGCAAGUGCCAUUAUUGCAGAGAACUGAUCAUGGCUGAGACUAUCUCCACGCUUGUGGCUGCGGCCAAGAAGAGCAAAUUCUCCAUGAUCAACCACCUUUCAAUAGAUGAUGUUUUGAUAGUCUGGGAUGAGCUAGCUGACUUUAUUGAGAAGCAAAUGCUCAUGACAAAGGGUGUCUCUCUUCAUGGAUUUGGCACAUUCACAUUCUCUCAAAGGAAGAUUGACAUAGGUUGUGGAAAAAUACUCAAAAUACAAAGACCUGUAUUUGUUCUCUCAGAAAACAUGGCCCAAACUCACUCCUUAUCUUAUCCGAAGCAGCUAGCCACAGGUCAAAUUCCAGUACUAUCCAUUAACUACACUGUCCUCUCUAAUGGAACUUCUUUCAGUCGUGACACUGUUGAGCUCUGCAUUCGUGAGAUCCUAGUCGCUUUUGGAAAGGCGCUUGGAGCAUGCAAAGACAUCAGUCUCGAUUUUCCAAAGAUUGGGAGACUCAUGAUACGAGACAAGAAAUGUCGUAUGAGGUUUUUCAAAGAAUUUAUAACAUCAAUGGAUUCUUCAGGAAGAAUCAAAUAUGCAUUUAGUUCCAAUAAGUCUCAAAGCUCAGAGGGUUCAGUUAUGUCAGAGCCUCCCUGUGUCCGCUUAAAUCGAACGCUGCCAAAGAUCGUUGAGGUAACAAAUGAAGAUAGUAGCUCUGAGGGAGGUAGUACUAGUACUCCACUUCCACCAGCAAUAAAAAAUUCAAAUAAACCAAACCAAGAUUUUAUGUCAAACAAAGACAAACCUACCGCACCACAUCACAGCCCCAAACACGAGACAGUGCUACCACUACCUUCUGCUCCAUCUCCAGCUGGCUCUAAAACUGAAGCAAAGCCGAGAUCAGAGCCUCUAAAUAAUGACAAUCGUCCCACAAGCUCCUGUUCACAUUGUGCUGGUGAUAGGAACUCAAUGUGCUAUGUCUGCCACCAGAGGGAGCUCCGUAAUGUCCCUAUUUAUUUAGCAGAGGAAAGGAAAAGGAAAGAGAAACUUCAUGAGCGAUUGCUAAACGAGUUUCAGCAGAAAAAGGCUGCUUUGCUCAAUGCUAGGGAAAAGGCUAAACAGCUGCAAAAUUUUGAAAUAGCUAAAGAUGCAGCAGAUUUUAAUCUUCAUUCCAUGGAGAAGAAAAAGCUCAAUGAAAUGAAAGACAGUAUCAGGAACUCAGACUAUCAACCUUCAUGUGUGUUUCAAACCCGCCCCCUCACUCCGUGCUAUACAAGAAAGCAACUGGAGUAUUGCCAGCAGCUGGAUGAACAAGUGAGAAGGAGGCAGGAAGCUUAUCGCACUGCAAGGAAAAGAGAAGAAGAUUUUGAAAAGAAGGAACAAAAUCAGCUAACAAAAGAAUUAGCAAAAAUUAAGGAGGCGUAUUAUUCAAAGAUGCUAGAACGUAAAGCAAGCUACCAGCAAGCAUUGGAUGAUCAGAUUCACUUGAAGGCUACUAGAAAUAGGGCCCCAUCACCAGUUUCACAGCCAAUAUUUGCUGUACAAGACACAGCUACAGUACAUACUCAUAGAGAUAGAGCUAGAAAGCUUUACCACGAGCAGCUAUCAUUCAUCAUGGAAAAGGAGCAAAAGCUAAAGUCACAGGCACUACAGCAAAAGAAGGCUGAUGCCCAACAGUUGUACCUAAACUUGCAAGAUUACAAAAGGGAUAUUGAGAAGUCACGAAAAGACCGUAUUCAAGCCAGGAAAGAACUGGAGGAGUAUUGGCAAGAAGCUGCUAGGAAAAAGCAGUUGAGAGAGGAGAGCGAGAGCAUACCCAGAGACUGCCUCCUUCAAGAUCAGUGUAAGAAGUACCCGAGGUGCCGUCAGUGUCAGAGGAAGAUUGAUAACGUUGGAGCAUCCAAUGUUCUGUCUGAAAGCCGCUACACUGCUGGCUCGAGGCUCAUGAUAUAAAACUUAAACUUUUCAACUGAAAUCAUUGACUUUUUUGCUAUAGUAUAUCACACCCUCAUUUGAACUUUAAAGUUAUUAAAAGGUA